AUGUAUAGGACGAAAACCUCGCCGCUGAGACGUGGAAGAAAUUGUCGAACUGGCUGGGCUGCAUGUCCACGCGAGCAUCUCGGAUGGUUCGAAUUUUUGGGGACAGACUGGAAAGGAUUCCAGGAUCGGUCUUCUAAUGAUUAUGACGACGUUACGGCAGCGAAUACCCCGUGCAUAGUUCGCAAGCCGCUUGAUUUGUUGUUCUUGUCCCUUUUCUCCUUGAUGAUAGAGACAUGUUUGGUUGGGAGGCUGUUGUGGUUGACGCGCCUCGUGAAGGGGGCCCAUUCGACGAAAAGGACACAGAGCUUUCUUUGCGGCAGGUUCGGUCCCAAUUUAAAGGUCCUUAACAUUUUGCAGUCCAAAUCACAGGCCAGGUCAGAAAUGGCUUGCAUACAUUAUGUGACAACUUCGAAGUUGAUGGUGUUUGUUUAUGAAGUGCGGCAAGAUGGAGGGGGGUGA